AUGUCUUUUAAUCCCAAAAUAACUGUAGAUUUUAUUAGUAUUGGUUGUAAUCGACACCCUCAAGUUGCGGCCUGGGGACUUGACGGCUUACUUGUUUAUGGUGCGCAUAACCUUAUUGCCUUGUAUUAUCCGCAGAGUGAAACAAAUAAAGGUGUUUUUGCCGCUUUAUCUGGGCAUACGGAUCGAGUAAAUUGUAUUGAAUUCAUCAAUCGAGGAAAUGGAUUAAAUCAGAGAAAUAUUGCCUUCAUUUCUGGAUCUGCUGAUAAAACUGGCCGUAUUUGGAAAAAAACCUCGGACGGUCAGUGGGUAAAUUCUGCUGUGCUUUUGGGACACGAAGGCGCUAUCGCUACUGUUGGUGUUAUGCGUGCAAAGUCUAUUUUAGUCGAGAAGGAUCUGAUUGCUACAGGAUCAGCUGAUGGAAGAAUAAAAAUAUGGGAAAGAACUAUUGACAAUGAACAAGAUAAAAUUGAAUGCAUUCAAACAAUCAAUGUGGGAGUAAAAUAUCCGUUAGCAUUAGCUUUGUCGUAUCUGCCUGAAUCUAAUGUUCCCAUAAUGGCAUGUGGGAGUACAGAUAAAAAAAUAUCGAUGUAUGUUCAAAAGAAUGGGCAGUUUCAUCAAACUCUUUUAUUGCAAGGACAUGAUAAUUGGGUUCGAUCGCUUGCGUUUGCAAUAUACACAAAACCUUCAGCAAUUCCAGAUUCAUCUUUGGAAUCAUCUCUGUCAUUUCAUUAUCACUAUAAAUUACGCGAUGGAGAUCUUUUAUUGGCUAGUGCUUCUCAGGAUAAAUUUGUGCGAAUCUGGAAAAUAUCAAGUACUAUUUCAAUUCCUAAUAAUACGCUAGAUCAAUCAACUGAAAUUGGAAUUUUAUCCAGCGAUAUUUAUACGGAAUUAAAAGAAAACAUAAGAUCGGAUGGUAAAAUACAAUUAAGUACAAAAGCUCACUUCAUAGAUGUUGACAUAUUUGAAAACGGUGAAGAGAACCCAAGAAAACGACGAUAUAGUGUUAUGUUCGAAGCAUUACUUAUGGGACAUGAUGAUUGGGUCUAUAGUGUUUGCUGGCAUCCGCCUAUUCCUGAAAAUAAAUCAAAUUAUUAUCAACCGAUGGCUCUUCUUACUGCAUCGUCUGAUAAAUCUAUGAUGUUGUGGAAACCGGAAGCUGAAACUGGUCAAUGGGUCAAUAUGGUUCGAGUUGGAGAAAUUGGAGGAUAUGCUCUAGGUUUUUUUGGAGGCUUAUUUGGCCCAGAUGGAAAAUAUAUCAUUGCUCAUGGACAUACUGGAGCAUUCCACCUAUGGAAGAGUGAAGCAUUGGAUGAAGAUAGCCAGGACUGGCAUCCUCAAGUUUCCAUCAGUGGUCAUUUUAAUUCAGUCCAAAGUAUAACAUGGGAUUAUACAUCUGAAUAUUUGUUAUCUGCUAGUUUGGAUCAAACCGCUCGGCUUUUUGCUCCAUGGCGUCGUCCAUCAAAUUCAGAACCUCGUGAAUUGAUUUCUACUUGGCAUGAAAUUUCUCGUACGCAAAUACACGGAUAUGAUAUUCAUUGUAUUUCAUUUGUUAAUCGUUGGACUUAUGUCAGCGGAUCGGAUGAAAAAGUAUUGCGAGUAUUCGCGGCUCCAAAAACCUUUGUUCAUUCUUUAGCCAAACUAACCCAAAAUGAAGAUAUUUUGGAAGAACUGGGAUCCCGUCCAGUUGGAGCUAAUCUACCCGCCUUAGGUUUGUCCAACAAAGCGAUAUCGCAAGGUGAUAUCGAAAAUUAUGUUAAAGCUGCUGAAUCCGAAGAGUUCCUGAGUCGUCAAAGCUAUGGUCAUUCAUCAGCGACACCAAAUUCAUUGGUUCAAAUUUUGGAAAAACCCCCGUUUGAAGAACAUUUAUUGCAACAUACUUUAUGGCCAGAAAUCGAUAAAUUAUAUCUACAGAUUGACGUUAAUUUGAAUAUACAAUUAAAAGAUUUAUCAUAUUGCAGGUAUGGUCACGGAUAUGAAAUUGUUAGUGUUGGCUCUAGUCAUGAUGGUAAAUAUAUUGCCUCUUCAUGCAAGGCAACAUCUCCCGAGCACGCUGUUAUUCGACUCUAUAGCACUGAUACAUGGAAGGAGAUCCCGGAACCACUCCAAUCUCAUUCAUUAACAGUUACAAAAAUUAAAUUUUCUCAUGAUGAUAAAUAUUUGCUGUCCGUUUCUAGAGAUCGUUUUUGGUCUCUUUUCGAGUGCUGUUCACAAGUUCCUCCUUAUAAAUUGGUUGCCAAAAAUAAAGCUCAUGCACGCAUUAUUUGGGAUUGUUCUUGGGCUCAUGACAAUAAAUUUUUUGCGACUGCAUCACGAGAUAAAACGGUUCAUUUAUGGACAUUGAAAAGUGAGGCGACAAUAUCUAAACAGGAUCAAUGGAUUUCCAUAGCUACUUUAAAACUACCCGAGGCAAUUACAGCAGUUGAUUUUGCUCCAAAUUCAAUUGAUGGCUGUUACAUUUUGUGUAUUGGUCUUGAGACGGGAAAAAUACAUCUAUGCAGUUCAGAAGCAAACGAUAUGAAUAAAUGGCAUACGAUAAAAGAGUUUGAAACAGGGUGA